GCGUCGAAGAUGUUUAUGUACAUAGGUACGUGCCUACUGCUCAGUGGACCCGGGUCGGUCCUUUCAGCCACACGGGGAGCGGCGGCGGCUCGUAUCGGCCAGUUUGCCAGUCGCUGCUCCAUCCGUCGACAGACAGGAAAUCCGUGCUGCAGAGGCGCGGUUGGCAACUGUCGUUCUCCUCCUACUUCUCCCGAACAAACAUCACCAGUCAUCCAUCUCGGGACCUCGCGCCCUCUAGGAAAACUUGUGCUGUCGACAUUAUCCGCACCUCUACAGUUCGUCCAUCCUUUUUUCUGACCACUUCCCUUUUUUCGAUCAAUGCAAUGGCCUCUCCAACGUCCGUUGUUGUCCCUCCCCCUUCUUCCUCCUCACGAACGCCCCCUAAGAUUUCCUCCUCGCUCCGAAGCUCGUCACCAGUCUCGUGCUCUCUCUCUCUCUCUCUCUUCCUCGCUUUUCCCGCCUCCCUCUCUCCAUCUCUCUCUAUACCAGCACACGAACCACAGCACGGAGCCCCCUAGACAAACUUGUUACUUUCCCCCUUGUUGCCAUCUUUCGGUUUGCUUGUUGCAGGACUUACGCUUCUGCCCAUGCUCAGCUUCUCAAUUUGGCUUGCCGAUCCCACCCUGCCUCUCUCCGCCGUUCUUGAUCACCCGCCUUCUAUUCUAUUCUCAUUGCUCCUCUCCCCCCAACGUUGUCAAAAUGGUUUCUCUAACAACAAUCGCGUCGUCAAACAAUAGGCAUCAGGUUUAUCCGCAAGCAGUCGGCCUUAGCUGAAUCCUGCAACAGCCACGCCUCGCCACCGAAGCCAAGCCAUUUCUACAUAUAUACGUUUCAACGACUGCAUCCCUUUAAGAAUAGAACAGUGGUUUCCCUUUCCGAAGCGUCGCCCUAGCAAGAUUGGCACACCGGAAUAACUAAAUGCCAAAUUCUGCGGCCUAAACCCCCAAUAUGGACUCGUACUCAUACCGCGACGCUCCUGCGCGCUCCCCCCUCGAUCGUGGCUGGGGCAGUCGUGAUGACCGAGUCAAAGAAGAGCCUCGCGACAAUUUUUACCGCGGGCGUUCUCCUGGUGCGUUUUCCGACACCCAUUUCAGAAAUCCGGCCCAAUUGGGUGCUAGAGCGGCCUGUUUAGUCACCUCCUACGCUUUGUUGUUCUGUGC